AUGGCUGACUUCGGCCGCUUGCCCGAUCCGAAGGAGAAGGGCGAGCAAGGCGAAAGCGCGGGUGAGCUGGGCAAGAGCCUGGAGUUCUUGAUGCUCAAGGUCGCCCAGCUGGAGACCCUGGCGGAGCUGCAGCAGACCGAGCUCGGGAUGCAGCGUGAGCUCAUUGAGAAGCUGCAGAAGAAGAUCGAUCCUGAGGAAGCGGAGACCUCCUUGGCGCAGAAGCACAGGAGCUCCGAGGAGAGCGUGCAGGAAGCCCAUGACGUCUUGAAACGGGUGAUCCAGAAGCACGCCCACCAGCGGCAGCACCGGGAGUACCAUCCCGAAGCUCACAAGCAGACGCAACCGAAGCCUGCAGUUCGCGAGGAGGAGGAGGCCGAGGAGGUCGACGCCGGCCCGAGAGCCCUGCUGCAAAAGCGCCACAAGCGCCGCAGCGAGUUUGGUCCGAGUGAACUCGGAAAUGAACUCGGAAAAGCGGGCAAGAGCGGCUGGGACAAUACAGGGGGCAGAGCUGUCGACGAAGGGAAGAAGCAAUACGACAAAGUCGACAGUGCCGUCGAGAGGCGAGUUGGACGGCACCGGUCUUACGGGCGACGCCUUGACCCAGGCCUACAGAAGAGCCAAAGAUGCGGGGAGCGCCGAAAACAAUUCGUGGCCAACACCGCCAUCAGCACAGUGGAGAUGGCGGUGUCGAUCCUGACGGCAGGCUUCAGCGACUGGGGCGCGAGUUGCACCAAUACUGAUCCAAGCAUUGGCGUGACCGGCUCCGAGCUCUACAUAACCUUUGGGCACCAGCGCUGCACUGACCUUGCCACGGGGAGCGUGGUGAACAUGCUGCCCCAACAGCUCCAGAACCUUGCCACGGGGAGUGGCGUGGUGAACAUGCUGCCCCAACAGCUCCGGAACCUCGCCACCGCAAACCUAGUCCCGAGUGCUGACUGCAGUAAUGCUGCUCCAAGCAUCGGCGUGACUGGCUCCCGACUCAACAUCGACUUUGGGCACAACUCCUGUGAGGUCACUUUCAUGGGGCGAACCGUGUCGCUUGAAUGGAAUUUGGGCAGCACAGGAGUCGAUCUGCCCGGCUUGAGCAUCCUGCCCCAACAGCUCCGGGACCUUGCCACCGUUCCCCUAAGCGUGAUCAACGCGCAGAUGACGUUUGCCACGGGGAUCGCGAACUGCGUCAAUGCGGACCAGCCUCUUGGCCUCAUCGAGUGCCUCGGCUACAAAAUCAUCGAGCGCGUGCCCCCUCUGAGCUACCUGAACCGCAUGAGCGACAUCCUCACAGAGGUCAUCGAGGUCUUCGCCAGGAUAGCGGCGACGGUUGUGGAGAAGGCGAUGAAGAAAGGCCCAUCUUUGGUGCAAAUGGCUGCCACCGCUAAGUUUCCCGCUGCUGGAGAGCCACCUGUGCUGCACCACAAAGGCACCAACCUUGUCAUCGAGUCGCACACGCGGCAGAUGAAAAAAAUCGGCGGCAGCGGGCCUCCUCCAGAGAUGGCAGCCAUGCAAACAAGCGCACGACAGUCACAAGCCGGCGACGACGACCCCGAUGGUGCCAUCACCUACGACAUGGGAAGUAGUGACGACGUCCAUGCCACAAAGCUCAUCACCCAGUUCGAUAGCAGGGAGACAGACACCAGCUCUUGCCUGGCCUUUGCACCGAAAAAUCGGGCGGGUGACGGUGUGAGCAAAGCCGAUUGGCAGGUUGGCGACCAGAACGAUUUCCUCCAGCUGGAGCCUUGGGCUGUACCCUGCGACAACGCCUGGAUGAAAGACAACUGGAACAGAUGGCAAGGUUAUACGUUCUACACCCAACCAUCGGCCAUCGAGAAGUGCAUCACUGUGACCUUCAGUCUGGGAAUGCAGCCUGUCGUUGCCUUCGUCGGGGGUUUGCAGUUUGAGAUCUUGCCGGCGCCUCUCUUCGAGCUGGGCACGACGGUCUGCUGGCCGAACCAGCAACCGGGAGGUGUUGACUUGAGCGUGUUGCGAUCCGAGGUGAAGUCCGCGGGCAUCUUGCUCUUCAGCCGCACCUUGCGCCUGACCAAGCGUUUCGGGGAUGGAACGGACUUCGUUUCUUCCAACUACAAAGGUGGCUACUCGACCUGGCGAAGCAAUGCCGGCAUCGCCCAAGGGGAGACAACGGUGCCGAAGGACCAACUCGGCCGCACGUCUUUGCUGGAGACCAACCAGAGCCACGAUGAAGAGGAGGAAGAAGCCGAGGAGGGCACAGAGACCUUGUGGAGGACGGACUCGGAGGACCUGUACCUGGCCUCCGUGGACUAUGGCGUGAACCUGAACACCUCUGUCAACAAGACCUUCGAGGCUUUCGGCGAGGAGGCUGCCAUGCACAUGGGCACCGAGAGGGUGGGAAGGGAUGUCUUCAAGCUUUUCAGCUUCAAGAAUCCGGGAUUGGUGAACUUCAAGAUCGAAGGUCUCAUGAACGGCAACGUCCUAGAGAUGGGCAUCGAGAUGGCAUUCGGGCCGUACCGGAGUCCUCCAAGGAGGAUCCCCUUGGUCGACAUCGCCCACCAGUUCUCCUUAAUUCUUUCAGGCAUUCCUUUCGUGUCGAGCCGAAGCAAGCUCAAGGCCAUCGCCGCACUCCGGGAUUUCUCCAUGCAGGACGUGGGCAAGGCGCGAGGCCUGCCAAUGAAGCCGGGCUCCGUCAUCGGACUGUACAGCCCGCAUUGCCGGCGGUUCCUCCAAAUUAAUGGCGACGGCAAAAGCCUGGGCGUCACAGGCGAAAUGAAGGGCCAUGGCUUCCCUGAUUGGUGGACGUGGCAACGGUUCACUGUUGUGGAUGCAGGGAACGGGCAGAUCGCGCUGCACAAUGCAAUUCACAACCGCUUCGUGGGAACAGGAGGUGUCAGCCCGGUACGGAAUGCUCAUGAGUUGCCAAGCGACUGGGGUUCUGAGCGUUUCACGGUCGUGGACGUCGGAAACGGUGAGAUCGCUUUUUACAACGAGCACCAGAACAGGUUCUUGAACAUGGCAGGCCAUGGUGCGGGAUUUAGCCACCACCCGCCGCACCCUCCAAAGCUACCGACCGACUGGAGAUGGGAGCGCUUCCGCGUGGUGCGAGCAGAGCGAAUCUUGGUUCCAGGCUCCACCAUCGCCCUGCACAGCCAGCUCCAGAACCGCUUCGUGAAGAUGCACGGGGGAGCCUUGGAACCAAGUUCUGAAAAAGGGGCAACGGAGAUGCCCGAUUCGUGGACAUGGGAGCGGUUCACAGUGGUGGAUGCGGGACAUGGACAAUAUGCCUUGCACAACGCUGUCCACAAUCGCUUCGUGGGGGUGGGAGCAGCCAGCCCUCACAGGUUGGUGGAUCAACUUCCUGCCGACUGGGGCUCUGAGAAGUGGGACGUGUGGCCGGCUGGGAACGGCCAGAUCGUCCUUUACAACAGAGUCCACAACCGGAUGCUUCGCAUGUCAGGAGACAUUGUGGAUUUCAGUGGCCAUAUGGAUCCAGCGCAAUUGCCAGACGAUUGGACAUGGGAGCGUUUCCAGGUGGUGCCUCUAAAACCGUAUCUUCAGCCGGGCACUGUGGUGGCUCUCCGUUGUCCACAUCAUGGCCGCUACAUCAAGCCGUUCGGAAACAUCGCAAAUCCUAUCUAUCAGGCCGCACAGACUGCGAAGGAAGUGGCCGAGAGGGCUGCUCGUGAAGAGGCCGAGCAGGCUGCCCGCGAAGCCGCACUCCGAGGCACCAUCGGAGUCAGCCCUCACAUGGAUGACAAGAAUUUCCCAGAUGACUGGACCUGGGAGCGCUUCACGGUGGUGGAUGCCGGCAAUGGCCAGGUCGCCAUCCAUAACAGCAUCCACAACGGAUACCUGAAGAUGCACGGCGACCGAAUGCUAGUCAGCUCCCCUCAAGCUCCCGAUACCUUUCCUUCUAAUUGGGGUUCUGAACGCUUCACUGUGCUGCCUGCUGGUGGCGGUCUGUUCAUGUUCCACAACUCUGCGCACAACCGAAUGAUCAGGAUGACAGGUGAUAAGGUGGAUGCCAGUGACCACAUGAACCCGCAGGACAUGCCGGCAAAUUGGGCUUGGGAGCGGUUCCAGAUUGUGCCUGUAAAGCCUUACUUGCAGCCCGGUACUGUGGUUGCCCUGCAUUGUGCCGUACACAACCGCUACGUCUCGAUGAAUGGAGCUGCACUCCAGCGAAGCGCGGAGAUGGGCGUCAACGACCUGCCAGCCUGGUGGGACUGGGCGCGCUUCACUGUUGUGGAUGCCGGCAAUGGUCAGGUCGCCUUCCACAACGCCUUCCACAACCGCUUCCUGGAAAUGAGAGGUGCAACGAUGGGAAGCAGCGCUCCCCACGCAGUGUCUGAUUUGCAGAGCUGGUGGACCUGGCAGCGCUUCACGGUGGUGCCUGCUGGGGACGGUCAGUUUGUGUUCCACAACACCCUUCACAAUCGCAUGAUGCGUAUGUCCGACAGCACCAUGGACAGCAGCAGCAAAAUGGCACCGCAGGACCUGCCAGCACACUGGGGCUGGGAGCGCUUCCGCAUCGUGCAGGUGUCCGAGGCAAGCGAGAUUGCCCAGAAGAUCCCUACGACCUUCGACUGA